UUUUUCCUGCGUUUGCGGUGCGCUUGAGUGACGCUCGCGAGGCGCCGUGUCGCCAUCGAGCAACAUGGCGGAGCCCACCGUGCGCGUGAGCGGGAUCGUGUUGUCUUCGCUCGUGUUCCAGCACGUCAACGGGGAUUCCGACGUGGAAGGUUUGAUCCUCGGAGAAAGUAAGUUUGAAGAGCAAAUCACCAUCAGUGACUCUCAGGCUGACAACAUCCACAUCGAGGAGGUCUACAAUAUCCAGAAGCACAUCAGCUGCCUCAAACUAAACGAAUUCUACGAUGCUGUUGGAGACGUGAACAUUGACGCCGUGAAGAAAAUCCUGGCCGACAACAAGGAGGAGGACGUGAUUGGCUGGUACAGACAGCGCAGAAACUCUGAGCAACAGAUGACCUUCAGAGAGAAGGUCGUCCACGAGAAGCUCAAGACGUCUCUGUGCAACCCUCACAUGAUCUUUGUGCUGCUGACACCCAGCAGGUCCACUCCCACAGGCUCCACCCACAAGAUGGAGUACGCCGCCUUCACGUCCCGCAGCAGGCUCUUCGUCAACAUCCCCGUGCUGGUCAGUAACCUCGGCCUCCUGGAGAGUCCGGCCUACUGGAAGGCCUCGGCGCCCUGCUCGGCGGGGGGGUACCGGCUCGCCACCAGCCGCUACAGCUCCAACUUCUUCUCCUCCAACGGACUGCUGAGGGACGUGAACGACGUGAACGCCAUGAGCGAUGCUGUGCAGGAGGAGCUGCAGAGAGCCUGCAGGAAGUUGGAGGAGAGUGAACGUCUGGUGGAAUCACUCCAAAAUGACGUUUUGACUCUCAGGAGGAAAAUACGUGAGAAGAAAAGUGAAGGUGGUCCGGUGGUCCAGAGGGACCAGGUCCUCCAUCAGGCCUUCAGGUCUGUGUUCUGUUCUCCUGUGUUUCACACCCACACUCUGACUCUGGUGGCCCUUCCUGUUCCCGACGCCAUCUCCAUGACAACGGCUCCAGAAGCGCCGCCUCCGCCCCGUCGGAAGAGACUGAAGGAAACGCCGGGGGGGCGGGACAGGAAGAGCGAGCCUUCAGAAUAAAGAACAAUUCUUUCCGUUGAAGACGAUUUUACUCAAGUGGAGUUGAGCUUUCGGUUACUAUGACAACAAGUUGACGUGCAAAUGUUAAACCGUCAUAGUUAUCACUAAAUACUAAAGUACAACCUGAACAUAUUCAUGUGAAUGUGUAACAUAAGAAGCAGAGACCUUCAGAGAGUUCUGACAGCUUUAAUAAACAACCCUAAUCCAGAUGUUUGAUUCCACAGAUGUUGGGAUCCUUCAUGAACUGAGGAUGUUUGUGGGUCACAGACAUGAAUCCUGGAAAGAAAAGUUCAGUUUAGGGACAUUGCUCUAGUUGUUACAUACAAAUCAGCUUUUUAUUAAACUACAUAUAUUUACGGGGCCUUGCGUAAGUAUUCACCCCCCAUGGACUUUUUGUUGGAUUUAAAUUGAAUCCUGGUAAUGGACCAACAAAAAGAGUCCAUAGGGGAAAGUUUACAUGGAAGUGUUGAAUGCAUUUGUUUUCAUCCCCAUUACUGUGAAAAGGUCUGGUGCCACCAACCGUCCUCAAGUCACAUAAUCAGCAGAUGCUCUUUAACCUCAGGAUAAAAACACGUGCUCUGUGUUUGAGAGCAUCAUGGAGCUCGGGGAGGAAGUUGUAGCGGAGUAUGAAUCCCGUGUGGGAGAAGGUACUCUGCUCAGAGGAGACCAGAGUGGAACUUCUCUGCCUCGAUGCAAAACGCUGUCUGGAGGAAAGUCAACACCAGCAUCAUGCUUCUCUUCAGCAGGAAACGAGUCCCAAUGAGGGAAAGAUGGACGCAGCCAAAUACAGGACAAUGCUUGAAGAGAACAUGAAGACUUGAGACGGGGCCGAGCUUCGUUUUCAAGCAGGACAAUGAGCCUCAACGUACAGACAAAAUGGGGUGAAUACGUACGCAGGGCAGCGUAUAUAACGAACGCCCCGAGAAAGGCUGUCCGGAUGUAACGAAGCAAUUUUUAUUUUUUUGUUAUCACCAAAACUCACUUCGAUGCUCCUUGAAAGCAUCAUAUGUGACCAAAACCAAACUUAAUUGUGAUAUUUCUGUUAAAAACAUAAGUUCUGAGCUCAGUGAAACAACGAUGUCAUCAUUGAAUUAUUAGAGACAGUCAUGUGACCAUAAAUCAGAAAGUGAACAUAAACUCUUGAUAUAAAGGUUAUGUUUGUAAAAUAAAUGAUCAAAGAAGUUGAA